AUGUCCUCAAAUCAAUCAGAUGUUUCAAUUCCACCCGAACCAAUAGCAUCAGAUUAUGUUGAAAUGAUAACUCUAGUUAUUCAUUUCAUAGUUGGAGCUCCUAUAAAUCUCGCAGCUUAUACACAACUCAGCGAAAGACCAACUUCAACAAGGCUAGAUCUUUUGAAAAGAUCUCUGAAUUAUUCAGAUCUAUUGAUUUUAUUCAUUUUUGUGCCAUCAAGAGCAUGUUGGUUAUUGACGUAUGAUUGGAGGGGAGGAGAUUCUCUUUGUAAAUUUGUGAAGAUGAUGCACACUUUUGCAUUCCAGGUGAGAAUUUUUAAUUAAAUAUGUAGCACAAAGUUCAUAUUCCUUAUUCAGAGUUCCUCAAAUGUGAUUGUUUGCAUUGCGGUGGAUCGACUCUUAUCAGUUCUGAGCUCAUCCCAUCAUAGCCCAACUCGAGCACUUCGAAGAACAAAAAUGAUGUUGAUUGUUGGUACGUCACAACAAAAUUAACAUAAUCAGGAAAUUGAAAAAGAAGGGGGGAAAACAGAAUAUGAAACCCUUGAGUGCAGAGAUUAGUAGUUUGUUAAUAUUGUUUUGAAUUGGAGAAAAAAUAUGUGUAGGAGGUUAGGAAAGGACAUUCAUUGGAAAUUUGUGGAUUUUGAGGAAAAACAAAGGGGUUCUGUGGGAAAUUCCAGGUCAGGUCUCAAAAAAAAACUCAAAAUCUCAUCAAUUCCAGCGUGGGUAGUGGCAUUCAUCAUCAGUUGUCCGCAAUUAUAUUUCUGGCAAGAUUAUUUGGCACUUCCCGAAUAUAAUUGGAGUCAAUGUCUGUCGAUUUGGGAUAUUGCAAGAUAUGAGCAUUCAACAAAUCCGAAUCCAAGUUCGAAUUCGACUUCAUUGUCGGCCGACGAUUUCAAUUCCGAGUUUUUGUACAGUUUUUUGCAUAUCGCCUUGGUUUUUUGGAUACCCGCCAUGAUUAUUAUUGUGGGUUUUUUGAAAAUAGAUUUUUUCGGAGCAGUUCAGAAGAACAGCUUUAAAGAUUUCCCAAUAGGAUUCUUAAAAGUUCAUAAAAAAUGACCGUACUUAAUUAACUUACCGAAAGUGCGUAAUCACAACUCAAUUCGGAAUAGGGCUAAUAAAUCUGUUUUUUUCUGAUCCUGAUCUCAAAUUCCAAUUUAUUUCCAGCUCAGCUACAUCAUUGUUCUCUCAUGGGUCUGGAUCAAUUCUCGUCCAUCAAUCCGCACUUCUCACGGCUCAAUCUCCUUCCACACAGGAUGCGAUACGGUAGAUACAGUACUUUCUCGCGCAUCUGAAUGGAAUCCUUUGAAGAAUUUCGUGUCGACUCGUCCCAACAACAACAACAAUAAAGAGUUUGGUGGUGGUUACGAUGAAUCGUCGCCGCGAAAAGUGCAAUUCAGUGGUGUCGCUUCUUCGGCGACACCGCGAAUUAUUGUGAGCGACGAGACGUCGCAACCAUUGACGCAGGUUCCGCAAAGACCUUCGUUGUCGCCGAGUGAAGCGAGUGCUGUUAUGAGGAAUGGUGUGCAUACAAGCACUUCUUAUAAUGCUAAUUUGAAUCGGUGAGUUGGAAGUGUCCAAGAUUAAGAAUAUAUUUCCCCUGAAAAUAUUUAGGAACUCCAAAUUUUUUAAAAAAAUUUCAAAAACAUGUGGUUUUUCAUAGGUUUCUUGUAAUUUUUUUUUGAGGAAAUCUAAUUGUCUAGGACCUGCAUCUAGAGAUCCAAUCUGGCAAGGAAUCACGCCUUGCGAGCUUUUAUCUCAAGCAGUCGAGCCUAGAAAUUCUAGUUCACAAGUAGACGCGCCUAGAGAGCCAAAUUGAAUCAUUCCAGAUCCCGUGCUCUUCGUGUCAGUCUUCUUCUCGUAGUCGCUUAUAUCAUCUGCUGGUUUCCCUACAAUCUAUUCAGCCUGAUUCAAAUCCUCGAUCCUCAACUUUUCAAAACCCAAUUCGCUUAUGUAAGUUCGCCCAACUCUCACAAAUUUAUAAGAAAAAAAUAAUGUGUUUCAGUUCCACUUCGCGCAACAACUCAUCAUCCUAAACUCCGUCGUAAAUCCCUAUCUAUAUGGAUUUUUCGGUCCAAUGCGCCCAAGAUACUAUUAG